GUACGAAAUUUUCUGAAAGUCAUCAAACUGAAGCGUGAAAUAUUGAAAUCGCCUAAAUUGAAAUUGUAUUUCGCGAAGUUCAUCUCAAAGUGGAAUGCAUUGUAAUUUUCGAAUCGACCCCCACCGACUUCCCCUCACACAAGCGACCAAUUAACAGUCGGCUCGGUGCGGAUGACGACAUUUCCAGCCAAUCACAGCCGAGCAAAUCGACGCUGCUUCUAUUUCCGUCCGAUGACUCAUGCAUUUUAAGGUGGGAAAGUGAAAAAAUUCUGUCAUUCGGUUGUAAACAUUCGUAGGUGACGGACUACGGUCGGUGAACGCGCUCCGCAAUUCUAUUGUGAUGAAAAUAUUUUUGUUUUAGCUGAUAUUUCACGCGUCGACAAUCCGCCAGCAUAUUUUGGCGAGUGCAUUGAGUUCGCCAGCAACUACGAUUAACGCCCAUUGUAGGCCGCCGGACGGUUCCGGAGUGUGAAACAAGUGUCAGUGCGCCUCGUCGGAGGGCUUUGUUUUCGUAGCGGAAGUCAACCGCGGCAAUAUUUCCUCGACAAAGGUGUUGCGGAUUUUGGCUUUUGUGUAUUUUUCCGGAUUUCGCAAUUUUGCAUGACCUCGGUAUGAACGCGAAUAUGCUCCCCGUGAAGUUCUGCUGAGCGCUCAUGUGUACAAGUGGAAGUGACAUUUGUGACGUUUCCGCGAUUGUCAGGGUUGCGUAAAGCUGUGCAAAGCAGAGGAGUAGGAGUAGACUUGGGAGGCUUGUGUGGAAUUCCCAACUUAUUCGUCAUCCAGCGCACGUGACCGUGUUACAAAUUACAGUAGAUUCGAUCCGAUAGGGUGAGAGGACCCCACUGAAUCGCAGUGCAGGCAACUAGCACAAUGAGAGGGAAUAGUAACAGUAGCCACGGCAUCAAUAACAACAACAAUAAUAGUAAUUUAAAUGACAAUAAUAAUAUGGAAACAUCAUUUUACGAAGACAACGCACAAUUUACAGUAGGCAAUAAACGGCCCGCCACGCUCGAUCUGAACCCGAAGGCUCCAUCCGGGAAAAAACUGAGGUUGAACCAAGCUGUACAGCCACUCGUGAUAGAAUCCCCCGACCUUCAGAGCUUCAAGCUCACAACGCCCGAUAUUGAGCGAAUUGUUCUAAACGGAUUCCCAACUCCAACGCCCAACCUAACAUUCCCAGCAAAGUUUGCGACCACGACACAAGGUACAACAGAACAGGAGGAUUACGUAAAAGGUUUCGUAGACGCAUUAAAUUCGCUGCAUAAAAAAGACUCACAAAACACCAUGUCGACGGUGGCAACAACAACGGUCAACUCAGUAGUAACUGGGAACGGAAUGAGCGGUGGAUCCAUCACAUACACCAAUUUAGAUGAUUCGUACCCUGUCGCAAUAAAGGAUGAACCACAAACUGUUCCAAAUUCACCACCACUCAGUCCAAUUGAUAUGGAGACACAGGAGCGAAUCAAGCUGGAACGAAAACGACAACGAAAUCGUGUUGCAGCCUCAAAGUGUCGGAAACGCAAACUGGAACGCAUUUCCAAAUUGGAAGACAAGGUGAAAAUCCUGAAGGGUGAGAACGGGGAGUUGAGUGCCAUCAUAAAGCAAUUACGUGAGGAUAUCUUCAGCUUGAAGCGACAAGUGCUGGAGCACCACAAGGCUGGCUGUACGAUUCCAAUACAGGAAACCAAAUAGCAAGAAGUUGAAGAAGAAUUCUCAUCGGAAACCCUUGAGCUGACAACAGAACCACAGCCUCUGGGUGAAGAAGAACCUCUAUUACUCGUGAUACUAUCAGAUUAAGAUACGUUGUGUAUGGUAGUAAGGAAAUUUGUCUAGGAUUAACCGAAUUAUGAUAAGAUAAGAAGAAAGGAACAGAUUUUCUGACAAUGCACAAUUUUGUAAUUUGUAUACAUAUUUCGAAUGAGUGCUCUCUUCGAAGCGAACAGAAAAUUGUAAAACUAAAAGGAUUGGGACAAAAAAUUUUGCCGUAGUUGAUAGUGACCUACUGAGUAGUAUAACUGCUUUAAAACUCUUGCUUUUCUGCUCGUCUGUAUAUAAGGCCUCGUUUUGUGUCUUAUUUGUAGAAAGUUCUGCAGACGCCAAUAUUUCAGGGAGUCAUUGAAUGACUUAAACCUGAAAAAUGCCAUAAUUAUGUAGUAUCGAAGUAAUCGUCGCCAACUACGAGCAGUAAUAGCAACAGUUUUACACCAGGUGACAUAAACAUUUGAUGCAAUAACCCCACGUUACUCGCAUUCAGUCAAAACACGGAAACAAUCGCACAUUAGACGUUACCAAAACAUCGAAUAACAAAGAUUGUGUUCAAAGCAUUUGCUUUUCGCGGUACACAAAACAAAGCUUAGAGAAAUCGAGCCAUAAAAUGAAUAAUACGCCAGCAAUUUUGCGGUACUGCCCUGUGAUAUUUUUUGUUCCGGAUCAAAAACUGAAUCGAAUAUUCUAUUUAAUAGUGUAUAGCUCUAUUGCAAUGAAAACCAGCCACCCGAAGGGAGCACUCGCACAGUUUUCGGCUCGUUUCAAUACUAAACAAUUAUAAAUUGAGAAGCAACAAUGCAAGUCCGUUUUCUUGUGAAUAUUUAAACUAUACAGCAAAUGAUGAAAAGCGCCUUAUAAAUGUUUAUUAUAAUAUAUGUAUUUAUUAUUGGUAAUUUUUUGCGAUUAUUUAAGAGAAAAUGACAUGUUUUUCUGUCCUUCUUUAUUAGAUGUAAAUAUAUAUUUUUUAUAUUAACGCUAGUUGUUAAGGUUGUAACUUAAAGUUAAUUGUCUAGUCUACAAAAGUUAUCUUAAAACAAUAAAUUUUAGAAAAAAGAGAAUUGGUGCGUUUUCUACAAGUUUUAGUCAGUUUUGUGGCAAUUGUUGUUAGCUGUAGACCUUUUCGCUUCAACAUUGAGGGAUUGCCUCAGAUUGGUGCUUUCGGUUAGUUCUGAUGAAACAUGAUAUCCCCAAUUUAUUUACCAGUGAACAUUGCAGUCUGUCAAUAGUCAUAAAUGUCUCUGAAGCGCGACUGUCUAAACAUUAACUUGAAAAUUUACCAAAAUCCCCGUGUAUAAAACAAAAACUAAUCACACCCCCAAUACCCAGUGAAAGAAUCCAGAAAAAAGUGUGUAUGUUUAAAAAUUUACAAAUGUCUUCUGUGUAAUUCAAGUUAUCUUACCCAAGGUCGUGUUCCAUCUGGUUUUCAUCCUCACAGUAUUUUUUUGUUUCAAUUUGAUUGGGGUGUACGCUAAGUAGACAUGACACGAACAUAUUGUUGAUAAGAUAAACACGAAAUGCCUUCAUAUUCAAAUAAUAUUAUGAACUAUCACAACGCUUCCCUGACUUCAUAAUUAUUCUUUUUAAUAAAUUUAAAUAUUGUCCGCUUGAGAACUGUCUUGAAUAUAACGAAUAUUAAAGCCUCGGAAAAUAUCUGAACGGCACUAACUUGUCAAAAAAUAAGUCCGCCAUAAAACAACUUAUUCUCGUAUAUGUGCGGCGUUGAAUCAAAAACGAAAGCAAAAUAUAAGGAAUAGUCUAGAACAUGUAUUUUAAGAAAAUUGAAAGAAUGUCACAGAGAAAGGAUAUAUUUUAACGGUUAUAUUUGUAUAAAGAAAGCAUUAAGAACAUGAUGUAUAAAACUAACACAGUAACAUCGAUCUGGUAAGAUGUACACGUAUAUAUUUAUAAUGCAACACAUAAUACCAUUAUAUUGCCUUGUUUUUAUACAUGUCUAUUUUUGCAUUAAUCUAUUUUGCAUAAAUAAAUGAAUUCAAACGAUA